GCCUAGAUCGUGCUGUGGGCGGGGCCCAAAUCUGAGCCUAUAUAAAACAGUCGCGCGCGUCUAAGCGUGAUCGUGGUAACUGAGACACCUGGGGCGGCAGUUCAAGCUUGUAAUUCACCUCCUUUUCACAGGGUACAAUGGCAAAGCGUGUAGCAGUGAUCCUUGCUGGCUGUGGAGUUUAUGAUGGCACUGAGAUCCAUGAGGCUUCUGCCAUACUGGUACACCUUAGUCGGGCUGGUGCCAAGGUCCAGAUAUUUGCCCCUAAUGCUGAGAUGAUGCACGUCGUGAACCACUGCGAAGGAAAACCUGUGGCAGAAAAGCGCAAUGUGAUGCAGGAAAGUGCCCGCAUUGCUCGAGGAGACAUCACUGACCUGGCCAAGCUAGAUGUAGCUAAUCACGAUGCUGUCAUCAUUCCAGGAGGCUUUGGAGCAGCUAAGAAUCUCAGUGACUGGGCCACCAAGGGCAAGGAGUUCUCAGUGAAGCCUCUGGUCGAGAAGGUCAUCAAGAGCUUCCACCAGGCAGGAAAGCCUCUGGGAAUGUGCUGCAUUUCUCCAGUACUUGCAGCUAAGGCUAUUCCAGGCUGUGAACUUACUUUUGGCCAUGACACCGAGUGUGAGAAAUGGCCAUAUGCUGGUACAGCUAAGACAAUGGUGGAGCUGGGCUCUAAGCAUGUUAAUAAGAAUGUGGGAGAAGUGCAUGUGGAUAAGAAGAAUAAACUAGUGACUACUUGUGCUUUUAUGUGCAAUGCCCCUUUACAUGAGGUUUAUGAUGGACUGGGGGUCAUGGUAACAGAAGUUAUUAAACUUGCCUGAUUUGGUUAUUCAAAAGUCUCUAUUUCAACAUCCAUUUUUCACAUUUAAGGAUCCACUUUUCUUACUGUGAAGAUGGUAUUAAUUUGGAGUGGUUUUAUUUCACUUGAAAAUGAUUUCAAGCAAUAAAUACUGAAUGCAGUGCUUACGUUUUGGUUAUCUGCAUGUAAAAGAUUUUGUGAUAAAACAUAUCAAUAAAGUCUAUGUUUGUGUGAUAUUAAA